GACUCCGGAAGAGCCCCUUUCUGCAGUUCCUUGGGGACUGCACGUCUCACUUCUUCUAAGUUUGCGGCGGAGAGAAUAAAGCAGAAAGACAGGAAGAGGAGGUGGAGUUCUACAGCUCUCCAGGAGGCCGGGGGGCCCACUCCGCCUAUCGCUCCCCGCGGCUACGCUGCCACUUCAAUGCCCCGCAGGUCGCGAGCUGCUGUUCUUUCGAAGGCGUCGGAGAACCAGAGGCGUCCCGCGCCACCUCUGACUCGGAGCAGCGCCGAGCACUGACGCUCGCGCCCUUGGGCACGGACGCCAGUGCGCCCGCGCGCGUCCCUCUGCGCGGCAGCCAGUCGCGGGCCCUCAAGGGGAAGCCCAGGCCAGGAUGACCCCGGGCCGGGCGGUGGCCGGGCUCCUGCUGCUGGCGGCCGCCGGCCUCGGAGUAGUGGCGGAGGGGCCAGGGCUCGCCUUCAGCGAGGAUGUGCUGAGCGUGUUCGGCGCGAAUCUGAGUCUGUCGGCGGCGCAGCUCCAGCACUUACUGGAGCAGAUGGGAGCCGCCUCCCGCGUGGGCGUCCCGGAGCCUGGCCAGCUGCACUUCAACCAGUGUUUAACCGCUGAAGAGAUCUUUUCCCUUCAUGGCUUUUCAAAUGCUACCCAAAUAACCAGCUCCAAAUUCUCUGUCAUCUGUCCAGCAGUCUUACAGCAAUUGAACUUUCACCCUUGUGAGGAUCGGCCCAAGCACAAAACAAGACCAAGUCAUUCAGAAGUUUGGGGAUAUGGAUUCCUGUCAGUGACAAUUAUUAAUUUGGCUUCUCUCCUCGGAUUAAUUUUGACUCCACUGAUAAAGAAAUCUUAUUUCCCGAAGAUUUUGACCUUUUUUGUGGGGCUGGCUAUUGGGACUCUUUUUUCAAAUGCAAUUUUCCAACUUAUUCCAGAGGCAUUUGGAUUUGAUCCCAAAGUCGACAGUUAUGUUGAGAAGGCAGUUGCUGUGUUUGGUGGAUUUUACCUACUUUUCUUUUUUGAAAGAAUGCUUAAGAUGUUAUUAAAGACAUAUGGUCAGAAUGGUCAUACCCACUUUGGAAAUGAUAACUUUGGUCCUCAAGAAAAAACUCAUCAACCUAAAGCAUUACCUGCCAUCAAUGGUGUGACGUGCUAUGCAAAUCCUGCUGUCACAGAAGCUAAUGGACAUAUCCAUUUUGAUAAUGUCAGUGUGGUGUCUCUACAGGAUGGAAAAAAAGAGCCAAGUUCAUGUACCUGUUUGAAGGGGCCCAAACUGUCAGAAAUAGGGACGAUUGCCUGGAUGAUAACGCUCUGCGAUGCCCUCCACAAUUUCAUCGAUGGCCUGGCGAUUGGGGCUUCCUGCACCUUGUCUCUCCUUCAGGGACUCAGUACUUCCAUAGCAAUCCUAUGUGAGGAAUUUCCCCACGAGUUAGGAGACUUUGUGAUCCUACUCAAUGCAGGGAUGAGCACUCGACAAGCCUUGCUAUUCAACUUCCUUUCUGCAUGUUCCUGCUAUGUUGGGCUAGCUUUUGGCAUUUUGGUGGGCAACAAUUUCGCUCCAAAUAUUAUAUUUGCACUUGCUGGAGGCAUGUUCCUCUAUAUUUCUCUGGCAGAUAUGUUUCCAGAGAUGAAUGAUAUGCUGAGAGAAAAGAUAAUUAAAUGGGCUACUGGUGACAUCAAAUCUCAACUUCAUUUACUUUGGAUAUAUACGGCAAAAUAGUAAUUGCAUUAUCUGGAAUAUUUCACCUCCACAUCUCUGCAAUACCAGUGCUUUCAACAGUGAUUGGUUAGAGGUAGGCAUAUGACAUAGUUAUGACCACUGAGACAUGAUGCUGUGUGUGCUGUGAAGUAUCUCAAAAGGAGUAAGGAAGAUACAGCCUCUUCUUUCUAGGGACUUUGUUUGUAGUGUGACACCUGGAGCAGCCAUUUUGCUACUGUUUUGUUUUGAAUUGUGUCCCCCACCCCCGAAAAAAGAUAUGUUUGAGUUCUAAUCCCCAGGAUCUCAGAAUGUGACCUUGUUUGGAAAUAGAGUCAUUGCAAAUGUAAUUUGUUAAGAUGAACUCAUACUGGAGUAGAGUGGGUUCCUAAUCUAGUAUGACUGGUAUUCUUACUAAAAAGAGAAAUUUGAAUACUGGCUACACCAUGUAAAGAUUAAGGCAGAGAUCGUGGUGAUGCAUCUACAAUGUCAACAAUUGCCAGCAAACCAUCAGAAUCUGGGAGAGAGGUAUGGAAUGGACUCUGUCUUGCAGCCCUAAGAAGGAACCAAUUCUGUGCAUGCCUGAAUCUUGAACUUCCAGCCUCCACAACUGUGAGACGAUACAUUUUUGUUAUUUAAGCUACACAGUUGUGGCACUUUAUUACUGCAGUCCUAGCAGACUAAUACAGCUACCUUGAGAGGAAAUAGCAUUGGGAUGAAGGUGAUGUGCUGAAGAAGCACAGCAGAAAGUGGAAAGAUGGUCCAGGAGGACCUCCUUAGCCAUUGAAUUGACAAGCCUCUUCCCUGGAGUCCCUCUUCCCCGGGAUUUUUUUUUGGUAUGUGUAAUAAUCACUUUUCCUAAUGGUGCAAACCAUUUUGAGUUGCCCUUUGGCUACUAGUAAUUAAAGCAAACUAACCAAGUUAGCCCUCCCCAGUGUUCCUUUUUACAAUCUAAAUUCUGAUGUCCAACUCCUCCCUGGGCCACUCACUGUCCCCAUCUGUCUAUAGAGCUAAAGAAGAAAAAGAAGAAUAAAUCCUUUUUUUCCCAAGAGAUCUCUCUGCUUUUGUGAAAAACAGAAAGGAUGGCAUUAUCUAACUUUUCUCAUCAUUAGAAGUCAAGCCCGGCCAUGACUCCCGUUAUGACAUUUUGAGGGCCACAUUUUAUGAGAAAAGCCCAGACAGACAGACGUGUCUGUAAAUUCUUUCAUUCUUUGCAUUCUUUCCUUGACUGUGCCUUAGAGAGUGUUUGAUUAUUUCAGGGUAGAUGGAAAAGAAGCAAGUUCUGGCCUAUGCUCUAGUUCCUCACUUUCUGGAGUUAUCUUUUGGGCCUGGAGUCUCUUGGAGUGAGGAAAGGAAGCCAUUUUUACACUCUACUGUGGUAGCAGUAAACUUCAUACUCUUAGGAGGCUGCGUGCCAUCUUCAAGAGGAAGAGAAUGAAGAGGUUAAGAAUUAUGCCAUCGAAAUGUGCUGCUCUGGCAUAUUGACUAUUUUGAAUUAAAGAUAUUUAAAAAAUAUCAGACAUGAGGGGGUCACUCUGAUCUUAAUUCUGUGUCUUAACGGCAGGAGAUGAAAUUCUUACGUGAGAGAUGGCCUCCCUGUCACAGAAGGAAUACCAUUCUCCUUAUCAAGGAUGAGAAAUUAAAGCCGAGAGAAUUCUGUAUAGACUUUGUUCAAGUAAUUCUUAUAUUUUAAGCCUCCCCACAAAAUUGAGCUGCCUUUUCAAAAUGUACUGUCCUUUAUGCAACCAGUGUGGAAGCGAUUGACUCUCACUGCUUCCUUGGAUCUUCUUUUCCCUAUAUGGGCUCUUAUGUCCUGUAAAACAUGUAUUAAAUAAAUUUGUAUGCUUUUCUCCUGUUAACCCCUUACAUCAAUUUAAUUCUUGGGCCCAGGUAGGACCCUAAGAGGAUGGAGGUUGAGUUUUGCCACCUCUGCAAGAGAAAAGAGAGAUGCCCAGACCACCAGGGCAAAUCUUUGAUUUCCCAGGUUUCGAAGUGGGCACUAUGUCUGAACCUGGCCCUCUGAAACUUCCUCUUCCUGGACAUCCCAGCUGCUGAUGUAAGUUGCCCCUGCACUGGCUCAGGGCUGGGACAUUAAGGAAUUUCCCUUUUGUUGACAUAACAGUAGGAUGGCUAUAGCUAACAACAAUACAUUAUUUAGUUUCAAAUAACUAGAAGGAGGAUAUGAAUGUUCCCAACACAAAGAAAUGACAACUAUUUGAGAUGAUGGAUAUGCUAAUAACCUUAAUCUGAUUCCUAUACAUUAUAUGCAUUACAUAUGCAUACCUUGUAUGUGUAAUAUCACUAUGUACCCCAUAAAUAUGUGCAAUUAUGUGUCAAAUAAAUUUAAACAAAGAUU